GACAGUUGCCGUAGCCGACCACGUGGAGACGGGCAGCGCCAUUGGUUCAGAGCGCUGUGAGGUAGAGACGGACGGCUCUCUGGAACAGUGAGCACAGAGCUGGACGGUGCGCCCGAAAUGAGGUCACUUCCUGCGCUGGGGAUCCAGGGCAGAGUACAGUCUCAGUGAGUGUGUAGAGCAGAAGAAGUAGUGAGAGCAGUGUGUCAGACCAGCGCAGGACCAGCGGAAUCCGUGCGCUGUUUGUGUUCAGGAUCCAGCUGCAGAGCGCUUUAUUUUACGGAGACGGCGGAAUUAGUAGAGGACCUGCCUUUUGUGGGCAGAUCAGUUCCCUUUCUCUCCUAUUCCCUCCGACGAAACCCUUGUGAAAAUGGCGUGAUUGCGUCCUUUCAUCAUCCAGUCAACUAACCUGGAACAAGUCGAGGCAGCACACCUCUUCAUAUCAGAAUAUCCAGAUUCCAAGCCCUAUCACUACCCAGCGCUGGAGGACCAGGAUGAAGCAUUAGGGCGCAGAGCGUCCACCUCAUGCAGCUCCAUGCCAAGGGGGGCCUCAGGGUGCAGCUCCAUGGCACAGCUGCACCGGAUGGGUGGCUACAGUCAGGGUGGGCCUGACCUGGGCCUCCCCUCUGAGGGGAGUGACAGCAGUGGCCAGGAGCCUCCCGGUUCACCACACCACCAUCGCAAGAACGUCCGUUCCCGAUCCCUCCCAGAGGAGGAUGUGGAGAUGAAGAGCAGUGGCUCCAGCGGGAGCGGGACUGAGUCACAUGGUAACGAGAGUCACGGCAAUGAGAGUCACAGCCACGAGUCAACGGGCAGCUCCAACGGCAACAGUAAAGACUCAGCACUGCUGGAAUCAUCUGAAAGCAACAAGAGCUCAAACUCGCACAGUCCGUCUCCUCCCGGCAGCUCAAACGCCUUCAGUCUGCUGAGCUCAGAGCAGGACAACCCUUCAACCAGUGGAUGCAGCAGUGAAGAGUCUGCCAAAGCCAAGACCCAGAGGGAGGUGAUUAAAACUCUGAAAGAGCUGAAGCUCCAUCUGCCUGCUGAGAAGAGACACAAUAAUAAGUCCAGCACAUUGAACACCCUUAAGUACGCCCUGCGCUGUGUCAAACAGGUGGAAGCCAAUGAGGAGUAUUACCAGCUGCUGAGGAUUAAUGACAGUCAGCCUUCAGGUCUUGAUGUUUCAUCUUAUACAAUAGAGGAAAUAGACAACAUUACUUCUGAAUACACCCUCAAAAACAAUGAUGUUUUUGCUGUAGCAGUGUCUCUUAUCACUGGAAGAAUAGUCUACAUUUCUGAGCAGGCAGCCUCCAUUCUCAACUGCAAAAGAGAUGUGUUCAAGAACACCAAGUUUGUGGAGUUCUUAACACCACAGGAUGUUAGCGUGUUUUACAGCUUCACAACGCCCUAUCGCCUGCCGUCCUGGAGCAUGUGCACCGGAACGGAGUCAUCCCCGCCAGACUGCAUGCAGGAGAAAUCCUUCUUCUGUCGUAUCAGUGGUGGUAAAGAAUGUGAAGGUGACCUGCAGUACUACCCAUUCCGCAUGACCCCCUACCUGAUGAAGGUCCAAGAUACAGUGCAUGCUGAAGACCAGUUCUGCUGCCUCCUCCUGGCUGAGAGGGUUCAUUCUGGUUAUGAAGCACCCAGAAUUCCAACUGACAAACGCAUCUUCACCACCACACACACGCCGAGUUGUGUGUUCCAAGAUGUUGACGAAAGGGCAGUUCCUCUCCUGGGCUACCUCCCCCAGGACCUCAUUGGCACUCCAAUCCUCCACCACCUUCAUCCCAGUGACCGACCAAUCAUGCUGGCAAUUCACAGAAAGAUUCUUCAGUAUGCAGGGCACCCGUUUGACCACUCGUCCAUCCGCUUCUGUGCACGAAAUGGAGAAUACAUCAUUCUGGACACCAGCUGGUCCAGUUUUGUCAACCCAUGGAGCCGGAAGGUCUCCUUUGUCAUUGGGAGACACAAAGUCCGCAUGGGCCCCGUGAAUGAAGAUGUUUUUGUGGCCCCAGUUUCUGCUGAGGGUAAGAUGAAGCCCAUGGAGUCUGACAUCCAGGAGAUUACAGAGCAGAUCCAUCGGCUUCUGCUCCAGCAGCCAGUUCAUAGCAGUGGGUCCAUUGGCUACAGUAGUGUGAACAGCAUUGACCACCUUAUGGGCAUGACCUCCUCUAAUGAGAACCUGAACAACGGCAGCGGGGCCAAGAUGCGACGAGAGGAGGAGGAAGUUCUCAGCAAAGCUAGACCUCGAACCUUUCAGGAAAUCUGUAAGGGAAUUCACCUUCAGAAGAGCCAGGAACAGCAGAUGACUAAACCAGAAAACAAGAAGACUAACGACAUAGAGUCUGUACAGAAAAGCCCAGUGGUGGUGCGGCCCAAAGACUCAGCCACGUAUUUUAACUGGAGGGAUACUGGGUCAGCUAUGGAGGAGAGCAGAGGCUCUUUCCAGGAGGAGCUGGCCUUCAAUAAUCAGACUGUCUACUCCUACCAGCAGAUCAGCUGUCUAGACAGUGUCAUCAGGUACUUGGAGAGUUGUAAUGUUCCUAUCACCAUGAAGAGGAAGUGUCAGUCUUUGUCUAACACUACAUCCUCCAACUCAGAUGAGGACAAACAGAAUGGAUCCAACAGCAUGGAGGUAUCUGAAGAACCAGCCUUGUUGAAGGAUCAGUCUGGUCUCUCCACUUUGGAUGAUCGAGACAAAAAGUCCAGUGACACAUCCACAGCAGUAGUGGGCACUUCGCUGCCCCUACCUGUACCUAACAAGCCAGAAAGUGUGGUGUCCAUAACCAGCCAGUGUAGCUAUAGUAGCACCAUAGUGCAUGUUGGGGACAAGAAACCUCAACCAGAGUCAGAGAUCACAGAGGACGUAGCAGGUGGAGGAGAAACAGCAGAGUCCAGCCAGAACACCGGGGCUCCUCCUUGUGCUACUUCACCUCCCAGUCAGGAGAGGGAGCCCUACAAGAAGCUGGGGUUGACCAAGCAGGUCCUGGCAGCCCACACACAAAAGGAGGAGCAGACCUUUCUGAAUCGCUUUAGAGAGCUCCGUGAACUCACAGUGCUGAAGGCUAACUGCUCUCAGUACCUGGAACACCAGAGAAAACAGAUCACCAGCGAUGCUGUACUUGCUGCUCGAUGCUACAAGCAGGGCAGCCCAGGUGCAGAGCCCACCACACGGCAAGGCACACGGAAUAAGAAGACAAAGUCAAAGCGAGCAAAGCAGAUCGAGUCCUCGGACAGCACAGUCUCCCAUCACAGACAACAACAGCUGCGGACUACUCUUCUAAACCACAGCCUUAACCCGACCUCUUGGUCUCCCUCUGAUGCUUCACAGUCCACUUUUCUCAUGCCCUACCCCACUGUGAUGCCAGGCUACCCCCUCCAGGUUUACCCCAGAGCCAUUUCUAUAGCUCCCCGCACAGAUACUACUCUAUCUGCCUUUGGGAACAGGCAGGGGGCUCAGGCCCCUGGUUGUCCUCCGUCUAUCCACCCUACUCCUUACACCACCCCUGUGGUCACCCCCAUUGUGGCUUUGGUACUGCCUAACUACAUGUACUCACCAGUGGCCCCUGGGCCUCCACCACCACAGCCAGUGUACCACACAGAGACUGGGGGCUUCCCCACCCAAACACAGACUUUUGGUCAGACUGUUUUUCCAGGCCAGGGCACCUUUACAGCUCCACCUUCCUCCAGCAUUCAGAAUCCUUUCAACUCUCAGAACCACUCUGCUUCUCAAGCAGGCUCCCUGACUCCGUCAUUCUACUUCCCUCCAUCCUCUGAGACUCCAAAGGCCCCCAUUGUGGGUCAGUCUCGCUCCCCAACACCGCAGUCUGGAGGAGGUGGAGGGCAGGCAUCCCCACCCCUGUUCCAGUCACGCUGCAGUUCCCCCCUGAACCUGCUGGAGCUGGAGCUAUCUGUGGACAGGCAGGACAACACAGUGCUCUCAGCUGGAGCACAAGGGACUAAUAUGGCUGAAAGGGAGAAAGGAGCAAGUGGCAGCCAGGCCAAGGAGAGGGAGCUAAAGCAGCCAUCUCUCAGUCUCCUUGGUCCACCUGGACCCUUGUAUUGCGAGGGCAUGCCCUGUGCCUGUGAGCGUUUGUCUUGGGAUAAAGUGUGCUCUAGGCUGAGGGCUUGCAGCAAAGAGGCAAGUUCACAUGGCGAUGGGAACAACAGCGAUGCCAAUUCGUCAUCCAGCGACAUGUUGGACAUUAUUCUACAUGAGGACUCUUGCUCAGGCACUGGCUCAGCCACCUCAGGGUCCAUGGGCUCGGGGUCCAACGGUUGUCGAACUUCAGCCAGUGGGACAUCUAAGAGCAGGACAUCAGUCAGUGCAUCCUCAGCUAGCAGGACCUUCGGCAGUGGAACAGGAAGCAACAACAGCAGUAAGUACUUUGGCAGUGUGGACUCAUCCCAGACUAGCCAGAAGGUCAAAGGUCACUUGAGCAACACUGAGGAAAUGGAGCAGAGCGAACACUUACUGCAGGACCCACUGUGGCUGCUCAUGGCCAACACAGAUCACAAGGUCAUGAUGACCUAUCAGCUGCCCUCACGUGACAUCCAGACAGUGCUCAGAGAGGACAGAGAGAAGCUGAGGCUGCUGCAGAAGAACCAGCCAUGCUUUUCUGAGGAACAGAAGGAACUGAUCGAGGUCCACCCCUGGAUUAAGAAAGGAGGUCUACCUAAGGCCAUAGACAUCAAGGUGUGCUCCUGCUGUGACAGUUCCUCAGAGGCAGUGGCAGGGGAUCUGCCACACCUGGACAUCAGUGAUACAGAGGGGGAGGUCAGCUGGAGGCCCGGAGGAGAUCUUUCAGGCACUGUCGCCAUCUCCUACCCCUCUCCUGGCUCUGGCUCUCAGGCACAAUCAGCCAGACAAUAAACUGCUCAAGAUUUUCAGACACCCAUCAGUUUCUUGUUCUGCACGAAUGUGCAUGGCUACUUUUGAAUAGGGCCCCUCUUCACGUAAAAUGCCGUACAUUACUGCAUGUGUCUUACUGUUUUAUGAAUUGUUUCUGUUUAGAUGAAAAACACAGUGGAUGCUUUUGUAAAAUGUGAAAAUAUGUUCUGGAGCUGAAUCUUCUUGUUAUUUUAUUUUAAUAUAAGCUGCAAUAAGCAGGAUUUACUUGGUGCUUGCCCAGAUUGCUGGGAUCAGUAAUUACCUAAUGCAUAUAAAUGCAUUUGUUUCUGUGUAGCACUUAAAUUAUGCAUUUUUUUUUUUUUUUUUUUUUUGCACUGACUAGGAGAAGCAGAGCCCAAUAAAGGAUAUACAAUAUUGGCUCAUACACCAGACAGUAUGAGCCAGGCAGAGGUCAUCCCCGGAUGUGGCUCAGUGGUGUACUAACUGUUAGUGUCCGUGAUUGUUUUCAGUAUUUUGUUAUGUAAUUUCCUUAGCUGCAACAACAGUGCGUUACGUCAGCAUGUGGUGAGAGCAGGUGGAGUUUUUAAACUUGGUUUCAGUUACUCCUGCUACGUGUACCCAUCAAAGAGAUGUAACAAGUGCAGUUUGUGGGCUGCACUGGAAGAAACAUCAGUUAGACUCCUGUACAUCUACUGUGUUUGCUCAGAUUCAGUUGUGGUGUUGCAUAUAGUCCCUGGGAGGAAAUUUAAAGUGAAAAAGAUGAAUUUGCUCCUAUAUACAGCAAUAAGCAGUACUUUAACUCAAAUAAGAAUGGUAAAAUCACAAUGCAAAAAUACAGUAAUCUAUUACAAGUGAAAGUCCUGUAUUCAGUAUGUUUGUGUAGGCAAAAAUACGCAAGUAUCAUCAGUCUAAAAGUAUGCUGAAAGGCUCAUUAUACUGGAUUAUUGUUGAAUUAUUUUUGAUGAUGCAUGUUGUAGCAGGUCACUGUCAACCUAUUUAUUUCUUGUAUUAUAUACAGUACUUUUGGGCAGUUUAAAUAUAAUGUAUUAUAUUUGUCAUAUUUUAUAUAGCAAAAAUUAAAUUGUGCACUACUGAUCCCCGCAAGCGGUGGAGGUGGUGAAAACCACUGACAUGUACUCACCAUGUCAUGUUAUAUUAUUUCUGAGAAUUUAUGUAAUUUAAUAUUUAAACUUUUCCCCCCUCUCUGAUAUUUGGAGCCAACUGUAUCGCAUGUUACCUAAUGCUGCUUUAGGUUUUCAUGACAGUUUCUUACUAAAUACAUUUGUUCCAGUAGGUUUUAGUCUUUUUGUUUCAGAUGCCUCUUAUGUAAAGAAACAGUUUUAGCACAUUUCAGUUCUUGUGUGAAUGUUUGAAUCAGUCUUUGGCUCUGAGCAUACUAUAUAUUUUUACAUGAAAUAAUUGUUUUUGUACAGAUUUAUGUGUUUAAGUUACGACAUAAAGUCCUGCUUAAAAACAAACAGGAUCA